UUCACACCUGUUUUCGAUCUCUGCUAAUUUCUACCCUCUCUAUUUAAACUCUCGUCCCCAUCUGUCCUGUGUCAGUCCGUUUUGAUCUCUUGCCAAGUCUCGUCUUGUCCUGUUAAUUCUCUACUAUUCAUCUCCGUUUCUUUUGCUUUUAUUAUUUUUGCUCUUUGCCCAUUGAACCCGCUGGCGUUCCCUUUUGCCUGCUUGAUGGUUUUGCAGCUCUGCAUUCGGUGUCGUUUCAUCCUCAGUGUGCUUCCUCGUGCCGGGUCGAGAUCGCUCCCUGAGAAUUCUCUGUUUUUUUCAGCUGUGAUUGUUCAAUGCCGGGUCGAGUUUCGCUCCCCGUGUAUCUUCAUCCUCUGCGUGUUUCCUCGUGCCGGGUCGAGAUCGCUCCCCGAAGAUUAUCUGUUUUUCUUGCUGUGACUGCUCGCUCCCCGUGCUCCUUCAUCCGCUGUGAGUUUUGCUGGACGGGUUGAGUUUCUCUCCCCGUGUUUUUUGGUUUAGCCUUUGUUUCUCUUUCUGCUUUCCCCAGUUUGUCUCCAGGGAGGAGCGCUGGGUGGACUUUUUUCUUGUACAUUGUGUUUUAUUCCUUUUCCUCAAUAAACUUAUUUUUUCCCUGCAUUUGAGUCUCCCGUGUCAGUCAUGACAGAUAAGACUGGGAUCGUUUAAAGCCACAUUUAAACUGCCUUUUGGAAGUUCAAAAUCGGGGCACCAUAUCAGUCCCCUAUAUGGAGAAAAAUCUUGAAAUGUUUUCCUCAAAAAAUAUAAUUUCUUUACGACUGAAGAAAGAAAGACAUGAACAUCUUGGAUUACAAGGGGGCGGAUCAUGAGAAACUCCUGGAGCGCAGGAUGAGACUGAGAGAGACUCACCAGAAACUGAUCGAGAAUGAACUGAUGAAGAUGGAGAGAGAAUUACAGGAGGAGCAGAUAGGUGGCGUGGAGGGCGAGAUGUCGUACCUGCGCAGAGAAAGACGCAUUUUGGUUCUUCAGAUCGAGGCGCUGCGCAGAGAAAACCAGCAGGCGUAUGCAGACCUGGAGAACCAGAGCCGACAACACCAACAGGAGAUCAACAACAUCAGAGAAGAGAGUCUGCAGGUGUUCAGGGCAUUUCGUGAGGUUCUGGAGGAACAGAGGCAGAUGUCUGAGAGAAGGUACAGGAAUCUGCUGUUAGACGCCGUUCAGGACGCUGUUCAUCUGUCCUCACAAAACCUGCAGCUCCGGGAGGAAAUCCAGCAGCUCCGGAAAAGUCUCAAUCCCACUCCAUGAUGCAUCUGAUCCAACACGGGUAAAACAAGAUCAAAUUGAGAUAUUUUUCACUUAAUGUCCGUGGAGGGCAUCAGUGACAGGCUUUUGAUUAGUAUGAUGAGUGUGUAAAAACAAACAGGAAUGUAUUGCCGUUGCCUUGCAUUUGUCAAGCAGUUUGUCUGUCCACACUGACAGUGAAAAAGUGAAACUAGGCAGGAAAAUCUUCCAGUGUAAGGGAAAAUAAAAAGUUCCAUUAAAAGGUGCUCAAAAAGGUCUUAAAUCAAACCGGAGUGUCUUAUAUUCAUAAAGUCCUGGCAUUAAAUGUUGCACGCAUUGAAAAAUAAAUAUCUUCCACAGUAUGUUUGUUUUGUUUCUCAAAACAAAUAUCUAAACGUCUUUAAUCACAAUACAUUUACAAACUGAACAUAUGAUGUCUUGUUUUCUUAGAAACUGAAUGAAAUAACGUGAGUUUAUGCUUAAAAGAAAAGCAAACAUGUCAAUUCGUAACAAAAACUCUUUCCUGUUGAAACUGGUUGACUUUUCUGAUCUUUCUAAAGACAAGUUUGCAGGUAUGAUUAACCACAAUAGUCACAAAACACAUCAGUGUAAUCAGAGACACAUCAGAGACAGUGUAAGUAUUGUUAACCAAUACUUACACUAUUAAAAUUUAUCAAUUGUUAAAUAAAAUAAACCAGAAAUAUAGUAUAAAAAUUAGAUGAAAAAACACAUAAAAUACUUUGAAUUAGGCUCAUUUUUCUGAACCCACUGGCCGUUUUAAUGUUUUAAUCAUAAACUCAACUUUUAAUCAAUUUCUCAUAAAGUCUCACAAGACAAAAAUACUGAGGAACAUUCAGAAGGUACAGUAAAAUAUUUCCAUAUUUUGGUAUUCUAGAUUCAAAAAACGUAAAAUCAAUUAAGAUGUAAUGGAGAUCAUUUGAACGUUGUAUUUUCAAAUGUGUAAGUGUUGCUAAUACAAGAUAUUUACAUUUCAAGACACUGUUUUCCAUUCAAUUUAUUCCUUACAUUUUCACUUGGUCUUAAAAAGACUUAAGUUUACCUUCAUUAAAUAUGCAGCCUGUAAUUAGAUAUACAUAUAAUAUGGUAGUAAAGUGUUUGGUGCAGAAAUGUGUGUUUUGCAAAAUGUUUGCAGCUAUUUUUAUGAUAUGUUAGUAGCACCACAAUUACUAAAUAGUUCCAUCUGUUACAUAGAAACUACAGAACAGACAUUUGAAGAUUUCUAUUUCAAAAUGCAAAGUACUAAACAUUAAAAUCUGUAAAUAAAGCUCUGUAAAAAACUGAAAGUACAUUUUACUGGUAAAACCAUUACAGAUGUAAAUAACUCACCAAGUUCAUGCAAAGCUGAAUCCAGUGUUGUAACUUUUGCUUGUUAUCUGUGUGGGAACAGCAGGAAAACAUGGAAUGCAACUCUCAGUGUAUUUACUGUACACAUACAUUUGUUGUUGUGAAAAACUGAGGGAUUCUGGGGUGUUGUGUUGCUGGAUGUAAUAAUGAACAUAGUGGUCGUCAUUUACUCCUGGAAUCUGAGCUGCUGAAGAGGCAGUGGAUUACGUUUGUUUUGUGAAGGGAAUGCGCCUCCCGAUCUACAUAUAUCCGUCUGUGUUUGUACGAAUCAUUCGUGAUCCACCUUCACUUACAGCAGAAGUGAGUAUAAGUUUUUUUUUAUGAAUCUUUGUGAUCGUCUUUCCUAAUAAUGUGCUAGUUAGCAAGUUUAGCGGCUAAAUGCGGCUAAAGUAAACAGGCUCGUCUCUCCACAGAGAGAAGAGAGGGGCGGGGCGAACAGAGCUCAUUUGCAUUUAAAGCAGCCUCGACCAGAAUGAGAUGAUUUUUGCAGCUGAUUUUGCCAAGGUAAAAAGGGUGUUGUUUUACACAACCAUUGAGAAUUUUUAACCAAAGUAUAUUAGAGACUUUUCAUUAAGACCCUAAAGAAUCAUAUCAACUUGUGGAAAAUGGGCAUAAUUUGUAUGGGCAUUAUUUGUAAAAUUCUGACUUUAUUUUCGCAACUCUGAGAUUAUAUCUCACAACUCUAGAGGGAAAACAACUCGUCAUUCUCUCCUUUCCCCUCGGCUCAGAGUUUAUAUCCCACACUUCUGUUUAUUUUUCCCCUCAGAAUGAACUUACUAGUUUUGUUAAAUCGAGUUAUAAAGUCCGAAUUAGGAGACAUGAACUUGCAUUUGUGAGGAAAAGAAGUCAGAAAUGUGAGAUAAAAUA